AUGUGGUCCGUAAAGGACCUCGCACGGACCACGACGCGUGGCAGUCUGCGGGGCAAGUCGACGAAAAGUCGCGAUCGAAAAGUCUGGAAGGCCCCACAGCGCCUGUGGGAUGAUGAGAAGUGGAUUGUGCGGAAGGAAUUUACCAGGGUUCGCAGUGUUGAUGCCAUUCCGAAGAGCGAGGAUGUGUACCGGUUAACCGCCGAGAUGAAGAAGUACCUGACAUGGUGCAACACCUGCGAAGCAUAG